AUGCCACCCACGACGUCGCCGUCGUCGCAAACGACGUCGACGGCGACGAGGACGACAACGAGGGCGACAACAACGGCGACGACGGCAACGGCGGCAACGGCGGCAACGACGUCGACAUUGCCACGGACGACGGCGACGACGUCGACAUCGCCAGGGACGACGGCGACGGCGGCGGCGUCCACAUGGGGGCCUAGGCCCCGGUACCAAAGCCAAAGAAGGCUGAAAGAGAUCAUUCGCCGAGAGAUGAUGAAAGAGCAGAUGAAAAAGAUGAGGCCGCCGCCGCCACCGGCGUACCCGAUGCCGUCGCCGCCGCCGCCGCCGCCGCCGCAACCGGCGUAUUCGAUGCCGAUGUACCUGCCGCCGACGCCGGCAUAUCCAACGCCGACGUACGCGGCACUGGCACCGGCGUACCCGACGACACCGUACGUGCAGCCGACGACACCGUACGUGCAGCCGACGACACCGUACGUGCAGCCGACGUACGCGCCGCCGACGUACGCGCCGCCGACGUACGCGCCGCCGACUACCCGCCGCCGACGACCCGCUGUCGACGUACCCGAUGCCACCGUUCUUCCAUUAGAAAACGUAUAG